AUGAGCGAGGCCGAGGAACUCGAGCGCGCGUACCGCGAUAGCCUCGUCGACCUGACGGUCGCCAAGGCGCACAUUAGCAGCAUGACGAUGAUCGCUGAGGAGAACAAGCCCUAUGCUGGUGUCCUGGUGGCGGCCAUUGCCGACCACAUGAUGCGAUGCCCGCCCACGCAGCGGCUGGCAGUCAUAUACUUGAUCGACUCCAUCCUCAAGAACGCAGGACCGCCCUACAUCGCCCUGUUCUCGCGGCACGUUUACCCGUGCUUCAUGCAGGCCUGGGAAACCGCGGACUCGCGCAGCCGCGAGCGUCUGCAGCGCCUCCUCAACACGUGGGGCCCUAUUUUCGAUGGCUACGGCUACGAGCGGGGCUACGGCGGCUACGGCGCGGGGGGAUACGACGGCGGCGGCUACGAGCGCGGCUACGGUGGGUACGAUGACGGCUGGGGAGGUUACGCGGGAGGGGGGGGGUACGGCGGGGAUGCGGGGUACGGGCAGGCUGGAGGCGACUGGGGCGGUGGGUACCAGGACGGCGGUGCGCAGGGGUACGGCUACGACGGUCAGGGGUGCUAUCAGGAUCAGGGGGGAGGUCAAGGGGGGGGUUGGGCGCCGCCGCAACGCGAGGCGCCGCCGCCGCAGGGCGCACCUGGAGGCGUGGAUGCGUCGGCGCUGAUGGACCAGCUCGUCGCGGCGGGCGUGAUCGGCGGGGACGCGAACGCCGGCACCGACGUCGCGGGCGCCGACGGCGACUGGACGCCGGCGGCCGAGGAUCUGCAGUUCGACCACGACGCGCUGAAGCACGGCGCGAAGACCGACGCCCUGCGGCGGCUCGAGGGGGCGUCCGCGAAGCACCGCGGGGGCAUCCUGGACAGGCUCUUCCUGCGGCGUGGGUCCCGGGAGCCGCAUCGGAUCUGGUUCGCCACGGUCGACACGUGGAUCCAGGCGACGAGCAUGGACGUGCCGGCGCGCAAGGUCGAAGACCGCGGGCCGGAGCCGCCGGACCCGGCCACGUGCAGCGUGCCCGUGGAGAACGCAGAGGGCCAGACUCACUGCGCGCUGAGCGGGGAGGAGCUGGAGGCGACGUGGGACGACGGGGAGCAGAAGUGGGUGUACCGCGGGGCGCUGCGGCUGUACGGGGAGGACGCGGAGCGCGAGGGAGUCCCCGCGGGGAGUGUUGUGCUGGCGACGUGCAUGACGAUGGGGCGCAAGUUCACGUCGCUGAUGAACUCGCCCGCGCGGUCGCCGUCGCCGCCAGGGAUCGCGUCGCCAGCGAUGUCGCCGCGGCGGACGGAGGAGGCCGACGAGCCGCCGGAGAAGCGACGCAAGGUUGAGUGA